AUGGGAAAUACUGCUACCAAAGAGGCAAGGCCCCCGGCGGGAACAUCCGGGCGAAAUGGUCAUGGACGGGGUCCAUCCGGUGGUGCUGUUGCGCUCGGAGGCCUUGGCCGUUUUCAUAAUCAACCGGAGAGUUCACAACCUGGGGUUUCAUCGAGGCAUUUUCGUGGGAGUCGACCGGAUCUUUCCUUUCUAGGGAUCGGACCAGCGGUCGAUAGAGACUCUUUCGUUGAACGAAAGGAAACAAAACAGGAGAGGGAUGCUAGGCGACUAGCAAGAGAACGUGCCGCAAGGAUUAAGGAACGAGAACGGAGCAUGAAGGAGGAGCACGUGGAUGGUGGCUAUUUGGUGACACAAGGAGUUUAUACUGGUGUUGAGGAUUUUAAUAAGGCAGUUGUGCGUCAAUUAAUGAUUGAGCGAAGGCUUGCCCCAUUCUGGAAGGGUUUAGAGGAGUUUUCGGACUCAUGGACGGAGCACCAACUUAUGGCUGCCGCUAGAGGGCUUCUGAUUCCUGCUCCUGACGAAAUACCCCCUGAAUUAGAAUAUAAACUCACUCCACCUCGGCUACCAGAGGAUCAAGACUUACCCGACCAAAAUCUUAACAACUUGACAGUUCCCAUCACAUCCAGGUCUCAGUCGUACAAUUCCGAUCUAUCUUCCACUACCCAUCCAGUAUCUCCUUCCAUUUCCCUUCAACCUCAGCUUUCCCCUGGCGUUUCUGGCGAAAUGUCCCCUCGAGAGCUACAGCUACCCAAGGAUCCGUUUGUUAACGGGCAACCUAUUGAGGCGUACCUCUACAAAAACCCAAUUGAAUGUCCGAUAUGCUUCCUUUACUAUCCCCCAUAUCUCAAUAGAACCAGAUGCUGUGAUCAAUGGAUCUGCUCGGAAUGCUUUGUUCAAAUCAAACGCGCCGAUCCGCACCUCCCUGAACACGAACAACGGGAUCCAAACUCACCAUCCCCUGACCGACCAGACGGACAACUGAUCUCCGAGCCAGCAGGCUGUCCUUUUUGCGUACAGCCGGAUUUUGGUGUUUCCUAUACACCGCCCCCUUUCCGACGGGGUCUUAGCUAUAUCCCCAGCAACAGCUUGGACAAGACUCUCCUCUCUCCAGCGUCUUCCACAUCAUCCCUCGUGUCUGGGAAUGCUAAUAGUCAUUCGAUAACCACUCGACGCCGCGCCACUUCUCUAUCUGCAAAUUCUCCAGCUGUUAUUAUGACCGACAAAAUUCGGCCCGAUUGGGCUCACAAACUCCAAACAGCACGGGCACAAGCUGCUAGGAGAUCCGCUGCUGCAACUGCGUUGCAUGCAGCUGCGUAUAUUAAUGCAAUGAAUAAUCCCAUUGAAACUAGAGGUAUGGGAAGCAGCAGUAGACGUAUGUUGCGACGAACAACUGGUCAUGGGUCGGAUAAUUCAACUAACCAAGCCGGCUCUGUUGCUCUCUUGGCGGAGCGACGAGCCAUUGCUGCAGAUCGUGAAAAUGAUUCCCCUGCGGAAAGCACGUCAAAUUUAGCGCCUGCACGUGCAAGCUCCAGACGAAAUCGGAUGGACGAACUUGAAGAGAUGAUGAUGAUGGAAGCCAUAAGACUGAGCCUCGCCUCUGAAGAAGAAAGGCGCAAAAAGGAAGAGAAAGAAGCCAAAAAAGAGGCCAAACGGCGAGAGAGGGAAGCUAAAAGAGCAGAAAAAUUAGCGAGGAAAAACGGCCUUUACAGCAAUAACCCUAGCUCGGUGGCUCUGGACGCUACUGGAAGUAACACAGCUGUCAGAACUGGCCGUGAGCUUUCGCCCCCUGUUUCUGUUCUUGAACCAUCGAGCGACAAAGGAAAGGCUGUUGAUCGUCCGGGGUCCUUAUCUGAACCUCCACAUACCGACACCCAAUUACCCGGUCUCCCAAAGCUAAGCUUAAAGACUUCUGAUGAUGACCUUUCUUCCAUCUUCGCCCCUUCAUCAGCUGCAGCAGCAAAGCGAUCGCAUCUCCGACAUAUUUCGAGCUCCUCGUCCUCCAAUUCAUCAUUGGUGGGAUCUGCAUGUGGGGAACUCAUAGGCUCUGGCAGCACACCCAAUUUUAACUCGGCCAUUGAGCCCGUAUUGAAUUUCAGGAGCCUCGAUGCCGUGAUUGACGACGAAAAUACAAAUGGCAGCCGUCACGAACAUCUUGAGGGAGCGACAAAAUUGAAAAAGACCCAGCAGCCAUCCAAUGACAAUGCAAUUUCCCCUCGCCCUAAUCGAGAUCUAGGACUGGGAGUAGAGCCGGGAAGCGUCCAGCAGGCCACUGUGCCUCCACAAGGAGAUUCAAGCAUUAAUAAGGACGAAAAUGACGUUCGCGACAAAGAGUUGCAGUCGCAUACUGCGGAAACCAUGCAUGGGGGCAAUACGAACUUGGAGACGGUUGGCUAG